AAACUUAACAUUUUGACAUUUAUUAUUCUAUUCCUUUUUGUUUUCUCUUAAUUUUUCUCUCCACUUUGAUUUAGUUCCUUGCCCAUGUUCUCUCCACAAUGCUUAAGCUCUUUCUCUAUUCCUACUUUUUGUUCCUUCUUCAUUUUCAAUUCAUAUCAACCGGUUAAAGUUCAUCUUUUUAUUUACAAAUUGAACCAAGGUUCACUUUGUUUAUACACCCUUUUGCUGGUUUAUAUAAAAAGCCAUUUCAUACAUCCUUUCUGAAUCUAUCAGGCAACUCAUCAAACCAUGGUUAAAAUUUGGCUAUUGGCUCUAAUGAUUCUCUACAAUGGUUUCUCUUCAACUGAGGCUGGCAUCCAUAAUUCAACAAGGCCUGCUGUUGUAAAUAUUGGUGCUCUCUUCUCUUUCAAUACUAGUGUUGGUAGGAUUAUAAAAAUCGCUAUAGAAGCUGCGGUUAAAGAUGUAAAUUCGGAUCCAAACAUUCUUGGUGAGACCAAGUUGAAGCUCUCUCUUCAAGAAGAUUCUAAAUAUAGAGGUUUUCUAAGCAUUGCUGAGGUUUUGCAGGUUAUGUCUAGUGACACUGUGGCAAUUAUUGGCCCCCAUAGUUCUGUAACAGCUCAUGUCAUAACUCAUAUUGCAAAUGAGCUUCAAGUUCCUCUUCUGUCAUUUUCAGCUUUAGACCCAACCCUUUCUUCACUUCAAUUCCCAUUUUUUAUCAGAACAUGUCACAGUGAUCUUUUUCAAAUGGCUGCAAUAGCAGACCUUGUUGACUACUAUGGAUGGAAAGAAGUCAUUGCUGUGUAUAUUGAUGAUGAUAAUGGGAGGAACGGAAUUACUGCAUUAAGCGAUAAGCUUGCCAAGAGACGUUGCAGGAUAUCAUUUAAAGCGCCUGUGAGUCCCGAAGCAACUACGGAGGAGAUAACAAAUGUGCUUGUUCAGGUGGCUCUAGCUGAAUCAAGAGUUAUAGUUGUUCAUGCCAACACUCUUUGGGGCCCGAAAGUGUUCAGUGUUGCAAAGAAUCUUGGAAUGAUGACAACUGGUUAUGUAUGGAUAGCCACUGCUUUUCUUUCUGCUAUUCUUGAUAUAAGUAGUCCUUUAUCUUCUGAUUCAAUGGAUGCAAUCCAAGGAGUAUUGACGCCACGAGUUUACAUUCCAGAUUCGGAGCUCAAAAGAAGGUUUGUUUCUAGAUGGAAAAACUUGACUUAUGGAAACACUGCUAAUGGCCCACUUGGACUUAGUUUUUUGUCUUUCUAUGCAUAUGAUACUGUUUAUGCUCUUGCUCAUGCACUUGAUGCAUUUUUCAAGCAAGGGAACCAAAUCACCUUCUCAAAUGAUCCAAAGUUAUCCGUACUAAAAGGUGACAACUUGCAUCUUGAUGCAUUGAACAUUUUCGACCAAGGGAAUUCGUUACUUCGAAACAUUUAUGAAGUUAACAUGACAGGUGUGACAGGUUUGUUCAAGUAUGCACCUGAUAAAAACCUUGUUAAUCCUGCCUAUGAAAUCAUCAAUGUGAUUGGAACCGGGUCUCGGAGGAUUGGUUAUUGGUCUAAUCACUCUGGAUUAUCAGUUGUUUCUCCAGAAGCCAAUGAUUCCAGGGAAAGUCAGAAACUAUUCCCUGUGAUUUGGCCUGGAGACACAGUCCAGAAGCCGCGUGGUUGGGUUUUUCCAAACAAUGGAAGGCUGUUAAGAAUUGGAGUCCCAAUAGGUGUUUCUUACCGCGAAUUUGUCUGGCAAGUACCAGGCACCAAUACAUUUCAAGGAUUCUGCAUUGAUGUAUUUCUUUCUGCAGUUAACCUGUUGCCUUAUGCUGUUCCAUAUAAGUUUAUCCCAUACGGGGAUGGUAUAAACAAUCCCAGUAACACCGAGCUUCUCCGUUCGAUCACGGCCGGUGAAUUUGAUGGUGCGGUAGGUGACAUUGCAAUUACUACAACAAGAACAAAGUUGGUUGAUUUUACUCAGCCAUAUGUUGAGUCUGGUUUAGUGGUAGUAGCACCAGUUGGGAAGACAGAAACUAGUGCUUUGGCCUUUUUGGCACCAUUUACACCAAGGAUGUGGUUUGUCACAGCUGUCUUUUUCAUAAUAGUGGGAACUGUAGUUUGGAUUUUGGAGCAUAGAGUGAAUGAUGAAUUUAGAGGACCACCCAAAAAACAAGUGGUUACUAUUCUUUGGUUUAGCUUUUCAACAAUGUUCUUUUCCCACAGGGAAAACACAGUGAGUACACUUGGUCGUUGUGUGCUGCUUAUAUGGUUAUUUGUAGUUCUUAUAAUUACAUCAAGCUACACUGCAAGUUUAACAUCAAUCCUCACAGUACAGCAACUUUCUUCACCCAUUAAAGGCAUUGAAAGUUUAGUAAUUAGCAAAGAACCAAUUGGUUACACUCAAGGUUCUUUUUCUAGAAGUUACUUAAUCCAAGAAAUUGGUAUUGAUGAGUCUAGGCUUGUUCCUUUAAAAACAGCAGAAGAAGCUGCUAGAGCACUUGAAAAGGGUCCCCACAAUGGUGGUGUUGCAGCCUAUGUCGAAGAACGUGCCUAUAUCGAGAUCUUCCUUUCAAGCCGGUGUGAAUUUACUGUUGUAGGUCAAGCGUUCACCAGAAAUGGUUGGGGAUUUGCCUUUCCAAGAGACUCCCCACUAGCAGUUGACCUGUCAACUGCAAUUUUGCAAAUGGUAGACAAUGGAGACUUACAAAGGAUUCAUGACAAAUGGCUUUUGAGUAGAGCUUGUUUAUCACAAGGUGCAAAGUUAGAAGUUGAAAAACUCAAACUAAAAAGCUUUUGGGGCCUCUAUGCAAUAUGUGGAUCAGCUUGUUUGCUUGCUCUAUUCAUAUUUCUAAUACAGAUAAUUAGACAGUACAACAAGAACCACUCAGAGGAACUUGAUUCUACUGACCAAAACUCGGGAUCUUCAUGUUUGAGGAGGUUCUUCGCAUUUGUAGAUAAAAAAGAAGAGACUCUUCAGAAUCGUUUGAAGAGAAGGAAAAUGGAGAGAAUAUCAUAUAGAAGUAGUGAAGGAGGAUCAUCCUCCAUCAUCUUCAAUAAAGAAUAUGUUGUUCAGCCAUCUUCAUGCACAACUGGUUCUGUGUCUAAUGGUGGAAGUGAACAAGUAUCUAUCAAAGUGGUGUAAGUAUGAUUCAUAUACAAUAUAUUAAAAAGAAAAAUUAAAAUCUACAAGUUUUAUUUAGGAAAUACGACUUGCAUGUGCAGAAAAAAAUUAAAAUGCACAAACAUGCAAAUAGUAUAUUUAGUAAUAUAGAAAUUGCUUUUUCUUUAAUAUUAAUGUCAUAUAUUUCAUAUAAUUUGUUUAAAUUGUUUUUAUUAAUAAAUAGAAGUUGAAUAGUUAGAUUAAA